UGGGUUCAAUUCCACCAGGAAAAACUGUGACAACAUCACAUUCCAUAAUAAUGUAACUGUGUGAUGUCACAGUCCAAACAUUCUGUUUCAGGAGAAAAUUUCAAAUGUCUCAUUUCACACAAACCCUCUCUACAAGCAAGUCACUGUUUGAUCGUGUCUGCUCGUGGUUUUCAAUUGUGUUUUAACUUUUGCUACUUGCAAACUUUCACUGGUAUCCACUUUGUUGAGAUCAUGAACUCCAAUAUACAGAGAGCUGAGGCUCAAACCGGCGACAGCUUCAAGGCUUCCCCUGUGGAAGACGUUUCCAGCCUUUCUGUCCCUGCUGUGGUCACUGUCAGCACUGACCUGGUUGAGGAUCUGCUGGUCCAGCUGCUACUGAAGCUGCACCCUCUGGAAAGCUACACUAGCGCUCAUCUAGACCAACAACAACUGCUGACACUCUGUCUCCACUUGAGUGCAACAACUCUGGAGACUCUGAGGAAAGACCCUGGUGUCUCUGUGGAUGAAGACCUCCCUCUUCCUUCCUGUGAGGAUUGGAAAGCUGUCGCGCUUCUCGUCUGCAGCGUCAUGGAGAGGUUUGGGACAACGUACAGGAUAAGGAAGCUAGUGUUGAACAAAGACCCGGCACUCCUGAGCUUCAUCCCGGACCAAAUCAUUGAGUCUGUCCUUCAAAUCUACAAGGACCAGUCUGAAGAUGUGUGGAUUCCCCCACCGAUACCCUUUGAUGAAGACGGCCUGCUAUUCUCCCAGUUUCUUCCUGAGAACAUCAAGGAGGAAAUGUUGGAGCAGUAUGGACCCUGGAUAAGACGCAUGAAGAUCUUCCAGAGAGCGUUCCCAAAAACAUCUGACGAGGAGAUCCUUGAGAACCAGAAACCUCUUAUUGAGCCUGUUAAGUCCAUCCAGGACAUUGAGUCUGGGGAUGAAAAGGACUUUGUGGUUGAUUCUGAAGAGGAGGAGAAAACUGCAGAUGAUACCUGCUGCCUGCAGCAAGAACCUUGCAGUGAGGACCACAAACAAGUCUCUGACUCUGAAGAACAACAAUCUGAUGAUGGAGCCCAAGACCUAAAACUACCUGAGCUUUCUGUUGACCAGCUUAUGACUGAUGAUGACAAACAUCUGCAGACUAACAUAGCUGUGGUGGAGCAAUCCACUAUCAAACAAGUCCUGUUGAAACUCUUUAAACCCCCAAACUUCUGCACACCGAGGAGCCAGAGGAGCCAGGACUUUGAUGAUGAGAUGGUGGAGCACAUCCACAUGUUGCUCCAAAAGGAGGCUAAGAAGUACGCGAAGAACCGAAUCUUUCUUAAACACCUCAACCGCCUCAAAGACCCGAAAGAAGAGGUCAAAAUUAGCCGGAAACUGCAUCGGCCAAUCAAAGCCAGACUGAAAGAUGUUUUGCCGAACACCCCCCUGAAGAGAGAUGACCUCAUGGAGGACGCUCAGGCUGCUUUGUCAGCCUGCAGUCUCAUAUCUUCAGAGAUCAUGAACUAUCUCAAGCCAUCUGUGAGUUUUGCGCCUGACACAAAGCCAGGAGACGAGACCCCAUACAGCCUCAACAUCCCCAUCAAGAGGGAAACGACAGAACCAGGCAGAGAGCUGACCCAGCUGGAGCUGCAUGCGCAGGAGCAGCAGGCAGGAACCAGAGAGAAGGUCAAUAAAGAGGAAACCAAGAUGAACAGGUUCAUCUCUUGGUUCUGUAAACCUUUCAAGAAAAAUAAAUAGAACAAAAAACAAAGACAAUAAGCACAAGCAUCAACAGCUGCGGCUCACUGCAA